GAAAGAUAACUCUCUCUAUUACUAUUUCAUUAAAAUUUGAUCAUGACAGACUGGACCAAAAUUCCAAUUAAAGGAAUUCUCUUGGACAUAACAGGGGUCCUUUAUGAAAGUGGAGGUCAAGCCAUUGAUGGCUCAAUUGAUGCUGUAGCCAGAUUAAUGAAAAGUAAGAUACCAGUGCGAUUUUGUACAAAUGAAACAUCAUGCACAAGGAAAGCAUUAGUAGAGAAACUACAUAGAUUUGGGUUUUCUAUGGAAGAGAAAGAUGUAUUCCCUCCUAUACCAGCCAUGUCUUCUAUUUUAAAACAGAGAAAACUUCGACCAUUUACCAUCUUAAAACCAGAGGCAAUGGCUGAUAUGAGUGAAAUAGAUUGUUCAAAUCCUAACUGUGUAGUUAUUGGAGAUGCUACGACAGAAUUUUCUUAUGAAACCCUUAAUAAAGCCUUCCAGUUAUUAGUUUCAUUAGAUAUGCCAUUACUAUUUUCCUUAGGCAGAGGUAAAUAUUAUAAUGAGAAUGGUAAACUGGCUCUGGAUGUUGGAUGUUAUAUGAAAGCACUAGAGUAUGCAUGUGAUAUCCAGGCUGAAAUAGUAGGCAAACCAUCCAGAAGUUUCUUUAAUGCUGCUUUAGAAGAUAUGUCAGUGUCAGCUGAUCAGGUGGUGAUGAUUGGUGAUGAUGUUGUAAAUGAUGUAGGGGGAGCUCAAUCUUGUGGUAUGAGAGGUGUUUUAGUCAGAACAGGAAAAUACAGAUUUCAAGAUGAAAAUCACCCAGAAGUUAAACCUGAUGGUAUUGUAGAUAAUUUGGCACAAGCUGUAGAUAUGAUCUUAAAGGCAUUGUAGUCUGGUUUCUGUGUCAAAUUUUCUAUCCUUGAAAAUAAUCCUUUUAUUUGGUGGCCAGAAUAAUCAUUAAUAAUCAUUUUUCUGGAUUGAGGUUGUUACAUAAUAUUGAAGUAACUUAAUUAUGAGCUGGGCAGGUCAAAUUAAUGUCAGACUUGUAAUAAUUAACAUUUUUUUUUGAAUGUUUAUUCAUUUGUAAAGGUGAUUGAUUUGUGACUGACAGACUGACAUUUUCAUCCACAGCCAUACAACUAAGAAACAAUCUGAUUACUAAAUGGGGGCAGUUUACCUUAAAAAAUAAGAGAGUUGCACUCCGAGAUGAGGCUGAAAGGGUUGAAUCUUGCCUACCUCCUAAAUUCACCACUGAUCAAGACCUCAAUUCAAACAAAGGUCAGUUUCUGGAAAAGGUGCAUAUUCAGAGUUUUCAAUAAAAAUUGUUUUCUUUAUUACUUUUAUCAGUUACUUUUUUAUUGGUGUGAUGGUGAUUGCUUUAAACAGCUUUGAUUAAAAAAUUGUUUUAACACUGUUUGAUCUAGAUUUGUGUAAUUUUUGUUAAUUUAUACAUUGUAAAAAAGAUUACUAAAAAUUUGUAUGCCUUAAUUUUAAUCAUCAGAAAUACAACCUUUAUGUAGGUAUUUUGUAC